AUGUCUGAUUGUGUGUCGUGUUGCUAUGUUCAAUCAGCUCGGCAGCCUUUCGUGUCGGUGUGGGCCGACUACACUUCUGUCGGUUGGGGUGUCUAUUUCAUUCUGUACGACUACCUAUGCUUGGCUGUACCGACAAGCGGUUAUCUAUCCAUACGACCAUCAAUUGACUCGUAUGCUUUGCAUACACGUGGGUAUGAAAAAACAGAAAACUUCGCAUAUGCAGAGAAAAAGAUUGAUACACUAAACAAGGACAGAGAAAAAGAGACAGACAGCCGAAAGGUUUAA